GCCAAAAAAGAGAGAGAGAAGAAAACAAAAACAAAAAAAAGCUCGCAACUUUGUGUUUUGUUUGUUUCCUCAAACUCCAACCACAUUUUGCUCCCCACACAUUUUCAGUUUUCACAUCUCUCUCCCUUCGUUUUUCUCUCUGCAACAAUUCUGGGGUUAGGGUUGGGAUCGUGGGAGGUUGAGAUUGUGGGUUGUGGCAGUUGGAUCGGAAGAUGUGUGAUUGAAGCGGAGGAGGAGAAGAAGAUCGGGGUCCUCAGGUGAAGAUCUGGGGCUUGGGCUUGUGUAAUUUGGGAAAAAAUCUAAGGGAAAAAUGAGCGCGUCGAGGUUCAUAAAGUGCGUCACCGUUGGCGACGGAGCUGUGGGAAAGACGUGUCUGCUUAUCUCCUACACCAGCAACACCUUCCCCACCGAUUACGUGCCUACUGUCUUUGACAAUUUUAGUGCAAAUGUGGUCGUCAAUGGGAGCACUGUUAACCUUGGGUUGUGGGAUACAGCUGGACAGGAAGAUUAUAACAGAUUAAGACCUUUGAGUUAUCGUGGGGCUGAUGUUUUUAUACUGGCGUUCUCCCUGAUUAGCAAAGCCAGCUAUGAAAAUGUGUCCAAGAAGUGGAUUCCAGAAUUGAAGCACUAUGCACCUGGUGUUCCAAUCAUUCUUGUUGGAACCAAGCUUGAUCUACGGGAUGACAAGCAGUUUUUUAUUGACCAUCCGGGUGCUGUGCCUAUUACUACUGCUCAAGGAGAGGAGCUCAGGAAGCUAAUUGGAGCACCAGCAUACAUUGAGUGCAGUUCAAAAACGCAGCAGAAUGUAAAAGGGGUGUUCGAUGCUGCCAUAAGGGUUGUUCUUCAACCUCCCAAGCAGAAGAAAAAGAAAGGGAAAGGGCAGAAGGGUUGCUCCAUAUUGUGAUUGGAAAUAGGUGUAAAGAGAUAAUGACCAUCCAUUCUGCCUGUAUUCUCCUCCCGUCCCCUUCCUCUCCCCUAAUAUUUUUCCUUUUGUCGUGAAGAAAGUUGGAGUCAGUCAGUUGUCCUGUCCAACAAUACUCUAGAUCUCUAUGAAGCAUCAGGUGGUUCGGUGUUGCAUUCUUAGAAUUGUUGUGAUCUCUUAUUGUUGAAUUGUAUGGUUUCCAACUGAAUUCGUAACUGUGGUUUUGAUUUCAUUUAUGUAUUAAUAGGCUGGACUCCCAGUAGGCACGGUUUAUAUUUAUCACUAUUGCUGUGGUUGAAGGCUUUGUUUUCUGGAUGUGCCUUCUUACAGAGCCUCAAAGUGUUGUUGGAUGGUAGGGGAAGAACAAAGAAAAUUUUCAGAUCA